GAUACAUUUGGAAUAUACAUUGGAUGUGGAAAAUUCUGUGGUGGUAAUUGACAUCUACUGAUUGCAAAUGUUGGCAUGCCCGUUACUAGAAGUUAAAAGCGGUUGUUGAGUCUGCUGUGGCUGUCGUGCUUUUUUCGACAACAGAGGCACGCUCAAUCUGAACAUUGAAAACGACGUGGACCUCAAUCUGGACCUCGACCUGGACCUUCAAUCCUCAAUUACAAGGCAUGGAUGAUGUGGGAUCAAAUGGCCGACAUAGACAUCGUGGUCGUGGUAAUAGAGGUCGAGGACGCUUACGCAACCGAACGACUCGCAAAAACGUCGAACAAAGGCGCAAGACCGGGAGUAGAACUAGAUCAAAGUCGAGAUCCAGAACUAAUUUGCAAUUGAGAUCGAAGUCGAGAUCCAGAUCUAGAUCCAGGUCGAUGCCCAGAUCGAGGUCCACGUCGUUUUCAAUGUUCAGAUCGCGCGUGCCUCUGUCCUCGACAAUGUGCAAUAUUAAUGAGAUACAGCAACAGCAUCAACGACGACCACAACCGCUUCCAACUUCUAGUAGCGGACAAGCCAGCAGGAGCAUUUGCAAUCAGAAUAGAAAUCGAUCUCAAUUACCACCACUGAAUUUUCCACAUCCAAUGUAUAUUCCAAAUGUAUCCCAGUCACAACCGCCUCUUACCAAUUAUCAUAAUAGAGAUACCCGCCUCAACUUCCAACAAGAAAUAAUCAUAGUUGUGUACCACAACCGCCUCGAUCAACAUACUCUGCGCUAUUAUUGUGUAUAAAUUUCAUUGGCGGCUAUUUGGAUCCCACAUCAUCCAUGUCUUGUAAUUGGUGAUUGACAGGAGAAUUUGCAGGAGUGGAAGAAGUAUA